AUGACAUCAUACAAUCCAGACGUAGUGGGGAAUAUAAAUCCAGAAGAUAUUCCAGACCUUGGCUCUGAUGAUGAACCAUGUGUUGAUGAUGUUGAGCCGCCGACCGAGGAGGAGAUGCAACUAUGGUGGUCAGCAAGCAAAGAUUUAGAGAAGCUCAAUGCUGGGUUUCGAACACGUUCUAUGGAUGAUAAGUGGGAUCUGCUGGUCGAGGACCCUGAUGAACAAGGCAAUAUUUCUCUACACAUUCUUCGAAACUGGGCAUACACUGAAUACUUUAUACUUCAUAUUGUGAGUAAUGAAGAUGGUGGGGGUGCAGUGAUUCAAGAUAUUACCUGGGAAGGGAAUAAUGAUGGGUUUCGAUGUGAGGCAGAGCAAGCUCAGAAAGAAGCUGUGAUAUUGUGCAGACUCUUCCUCGAAUGCGAGUUUAAGACGAUCCCUCAAUACCCUUCCUCGGCUAUAUGGAGCCCUGAAGGUUACAAGAAGCUAGAGGCGCAAUAG